AUGGGCGUCUGUGCUGAAAAAACGGCAAAAGAAAAUUCAAUUGGACGAGAAGAACAAGACGAUUAUGCAAUUCAAAGUUAUAAACGUUCUGCCGCUGCUUGGGAAAGUGGAGCAAUUAGUAAAGAAAUCGUUUCUGUUGAAGUAAAACAAAGAAAAGGAACACAAAUUGUUAGCAAAGAUGAGGAAUUUACUAAAGUUGAUUUUGAUAAAUUGAAACAAUUACGUGCUGUUUUUCAGAAAGAAAAUGGGACUGUCACAGCUGGAAAUGCUUCAACAUUAAAUGACGGUGCUUGUGCUGCUUUACUUUCAAAUUCUGAAAUUACCAAAAAAUAUUCUCUUCGUCCGUUAGCUAAAAUAAUUUGUUUUGCUGAUGCUGCUACAAAUCCGAUAGAUUUCCCUGUUGCCCCUGUUUUGGUUAUUCCAAAGUUACUUUCUUCUGCUUCUUUAAAACUUGGAGAUAUUUCCCUUUUUGAGCUUAACGAGGCAUUCUCUGUUGUACCUUUGGCUGCAAUUAAAAAAUUGGGGUUAGACCCAGCCAAAGUAAAUGCCCAUGGAGGGGCUGUUUCUCUUGGACAUCCUAUCGGAAUGUCUGGUGCCCGUAUUUUGACCCAUUUAGUCCAUGCUCUAAAACCGGGACAAUUUGGAUUGGCUGCUAUUUGUAAUGGGGGAGGUGGGGCUAGUGGAAUGAUAAUUCAAAAAUUGGAAUAA